CUGCCGUGAGCAUUUCCAAUGCUAUAAGCUCUCCCUCGCUCCCUCUAUAAGCUCUCUCUCGCUCCCUCCCUCUCCUUCUCUCUCUCUCUCUGGAUUCCAUGGCUUCCAUUAUCGAAUCCGGUUGGCUGUAUCUGAUAACUCAUUUCAGUGACUUUCAACUGGCUUCGUUGGGCAGUUUCUUUCUUCAUGAAAGUGUAUUUUUCUUGUCUGGGCUUCCAUUUAUAUUUCUUGAAAGGGCAGGACUUCUAAGCAAGUAUAAGAUCCAGACAAAAAAUAAUACCCCAGCUGCUCAGGAGAAAUGCAUUACACACCUGCUGCUGUAUCAUCUCUGUGUGAACCUACCACUGAUGAUUCUCUCUUAUCCUGUCUUCAGAUAUAUGGGCAUGAGCAGCAGUCUCCCAUUGCCGUCCUGGAAAGUAAUUCUGUCACAAAUACUUUUCUACUUCAUCUUGGAGGAUUUUGUGUUUUAUUGGGGGCACAGGAUCUUGCAUACAAAGUGGUUGUACAAGCAUGUCCACAGCGUUCAUCAUGAAUAUGCGACACCAUUUGGACUGACUUCUGAAUAUGCUCACCCUGCUGAGAUAUUGUUCCUUGGCUUUGCCACUAUCAUUGGUCCUGCUAUCACCGGGCCUCAUCUGUUGACUCUCUGGUUGUGGAUGGUAUUAAGAGUCUUGGAGACAGUGGAGGCACAUUGUGGAUACCAUUUCCCAUGGAGCUUCUCAAAAAUUUUCCCCCUAUAUGGAGGUGCUGAUUUUCAUGAUUAUCACCACCGAUUACUUUACACCAAGUCAGGAAACUACUCAUCAACUUUUGUUUACGUGGACAGGAUCUUCGGCACAGAUAAAGGUUACCGGAAGCUGAAGGCGCUGAAGAGUGAAGUAGAAGCCAGCAAAAAGCAAAUGUGAGGAAGAGGAGAAUUUUUGGCGAAAAGGGCCUUGUUUGGUCGACUUCAGCAUCACAUCUCGAAGGUUCUUACAUGGUUCUCCUGUUGUUGUUGUUGUUGUUGUUGUUGUUUGUCUAUAGAUAAUGAUGAAAGGUGGUUUUCAUUGUGAUAAAAUGGAGUCUUUAGGAAGGUUUUGUAAUGGACAUUCCCCCUACAGAAUGGAACCUUCUCUCUCAAACA